AUGAUGCCGCAAAUCAACGUCGCACGAAUCGUUGAAUUCGGCAAGCCCUUGAAGGUCGGCAAAGCAGACAAGCCAGUGCCCGGAUUGAAAGACGUACUUGUCAAGGUCAAGGCGUGUUGCCUCGUGCCAAACUCUCACAAUCUUGUCAAAACUGGAGGCGGGGAAGGCUUCGCUCUUCCCCAGCUGCCGUGUGUCUUUGGGCUGGACGCUUCAGGCGUUGUAGAAGCGGUUGGCGACCACGUUCUCGGCCUCAAACCAGGAGAUCGCGUUUAUGUGGAUCCAUUGCUAACCUGUGGUACAUGUCACUAUUGCCGACAAGGAAGAAAGGACCUUUGCAUCAACUCCUGCCUCCGGGCAUACUUCGCUCAGUCUCCAGGUGGAGAGCAGAUGCUCACCCACUACCCCCUCGGCGCCCUGUCUAAAUAUGUGAUCUCGCCAGAUACUAAUCUUGCCUUGCUUCCCGCUAGCAUCGAUUUUGCCACGGCGUCGCGCUUCGGCUACAUUGGUACUUCCUUCGGGGGCCUGAAGAAAGCAAACAUUGGCCCGGGGAAAGUAUUGCUCAUCAAUGGCGUCACGGGAACACUCGGAUAUGCUGCAGUUGCCAUCGCUCUGGGAUCUGGCUGCACAAAAAUCCUGGGUAUUGGACGCAACAAGGACCGUCUAAAAGAGCUUGAAGGAUUGUCACCUAACGGCCGUGUCCGUACUAUUUCAUCAGAAGAUGCUGAUGAAAUUACUGACUGGAUUCGUAAACAGACAGGCGACCUCGGGCCAGAUGCCCUUUACGAUUGUCUGGGUAACGGCGGUGAUGCAAAUGUGACAAGCAUUUUAGUCAACACUUUGAAGAAGGGCGGUCGAGCAGUGUUAGCAGCAGGAGGUGCGGAGGGGAAAAUAACUCAGGGGUAUUUGGAGGCUAUUAGUCGAGACGUUGCGGUCCUUGGGACAUUGUGGUUUACCAGCGCCGAGAUCGACGAGCUCAUUGCACUCAUUGAUGCUGGCUUCAUCGACUUUUCUUUCCUCCGUCAUGAGUUUCUCCCGUUGAGAAAGGUGAAUGAGGCAUUCAAGUUUGUGGGCGAUCGUCCCGGAGGGGCUGUCAAUGUGGUUGUCCAGCCUUCGAAGUAG